CUUGCAAACCUGUUCGGUUAUUGCAAACACAACAGUCUUAAGCGUAAUUUUCCAAAAUGCUUCUAUUCUCAAAGAUUCUGUGGGCAGUGGUUCUAACAGCCGCUCUUGCAACCUCAUCCAGCGCGUCUAGAAAAGGUAAAGGCGGUGGCAGCGGAAUGGGCGGUUAUGGUGGCCAACAAAGAAUGGGCUAUGGAGGUGGUCAUCCCUCACCAGCAAGAGGAUACGGGAAUCACGCUGCACCCAUGCAAAGAGGCUAUGGCGGUCACUCUGCUCCCGUAAGCGGAUAUGGGGGUCACGCAGCUCGGCAACCUAAGAAAGGAGGAUAUGGAGGUCCGAUGCAAGGAGGCUAUGGAGGUCACGCAGCUCCCGUAAGCGGAUAUGGAGGUCACGCUGCUCCCAUAAGCAGCGGUUAUGGUGGUCACUCUAGUCCCGUAAGCGGAGGCUAUGGCGGACACAGUGCGCCAAUGGGAGGAUAUGGAGGUCCGAUGCAAGGAGGCUAUGGCGGUCACGCAGCUCCCGUAAGCGGAUAUGGAGGUCACGCUGCUCCCGUAAACGGAUAUGGUGGUCACUCUGCUCCCGUAAGCGGAGGUUACGGUGGUCACGCAGCUCCCGUAAGCGGCGGUUAUGGCGGUCACUCUGCUCCCGUAAGCAGUGGUUAUGGUGGAUCCGCAGCCCGGCAACCUAAGAAAGGAGGAUAUGGUGGUCCGAUGCAAGGAGGCUAUGGCGGUCACGCAGCUCCCGUAAGCGGAUAUGGAGGACACGCUGCUCCCGUAAGCGGAGGCUAUGGCGGUCAUACUGCUCCCGUAAGCGGAGGCUAUGGAGGUCACUCUGCUCCCGUAAGCAGUCAUAGUGGUCACGCUGCUCCCGUAAGCAGUGGAAAUUAUGGUGGUCACGCUGCUCCCGUAAGCGGCGGUUAUGGCGGUCAAUCUGCUCCCGUAAGCGGAUAUGGAGGUCACGCUGCUCCCGUAAGCGGCGGUUAUGGCGGUCACGCAGCUCCCGUAAGCGGCGGUUAUGGCGGUCAAUCUGCUCCCGUAAGCGGAUAUGGAGGUCACGCUGCUCCCGUAAGCGGCGGUUAUGGAGGUCACUCUGCUCCCGUAAGCGGCGGUUAUGGAGGUCACGCAGCUCCCGUAAGCAGCGGCUAUGGCGGUCACGCUGCUCCCGUAAGCGGAUAUAGCGUCGGUCACGCUGCUCCCGUUGGCGGAGGCUACGGCGGUCACGCUGCUCCCGUAAGCGGAGGUUAUGGUGGAUCCGCAGCUCGGCAACCUAAGAAAGGAGGAUAUGGUGGUCCGAUGCAAGGAGGUUAUGGCGGUCACGCAGCUCCCGUAAGCGGAUAUGGAGGUCACGCUGCUCCCAUAAGUGGAGGCUAUGGAGGUCACUCUGCUCCCGUAAGCGGAGGUCAUGGUGGUCACUCUGCUCCCGUAAGCGGCGGUUAUGGCGGUCACUCUGCUCCCGUAAGCGGAGGUUAUGGCGGUCACGCAGCUCCCGUAAGCGGAGGUUACGGUGGUCACGCUGCUCCCGUAAGCGGAGGUCAUGGUGGUCACUCUGCUCCCGAAAGCGGCGGUUAUGGCGGUCACUCUGCUCCCGUAAGCGGAGGUUAUGGCGGUCACGCAGCUCCCGUUAGCGGAGGCUAUGGCGGUCACAGUGCGCCAAUGGGAGGAUACGGCGGCGGAGCUGCGGGAAAAGGAUACGGUCGUUAGUAUUGUGAUGCUUACAAGUCACAAAAAGAUCACGCUUAACCCUUAAAUUUUGGACUCAGUAUUCGCGUUUGAAAAGACACACCCUUUCGGUUGACCACGAACUUAAAAUGUAAUUUCCAAAAAAAUUCCGACAAAAAUAAACGUUUUUUUGUCUAA